UUAUAUUUGUGGCUACAUCGAAAACGUUAUCUAAAACCUCAUAGUCUGGUAUGCAUGAACGCUUUUGCAGAACUUAAAUUAAUCAUAAAACUAUUGUGUUUGACCUUUUUGAACUUCCUCUUCGUGUUAGCUCUUCUUGGACACAUCACAACACAACACGUUGUCAGUUCAGAUAAUUUACAGUACAUUAGUUUAGGACGAAAUUCCCUCUUUAAAGAUAUGGAUACUACAGAUAAUGAAGAAGCGCUAUACGCGGAAUUUGAAAAAGCUUUAAGCAAGGAUUAUCAGAUUGACGGUAGGCUUGGUAAAGGCGCUUAUGGACAAGUCUUCAAAGCGAAGUGUAGAAAGGACGGCAAAACAUAUGCCAUAAAAAUGCUUACUGCAAACAAUGACAGAUAUCAAACGCGAGAACUCGAAGCUCUCAUAAAGUUGAAUCUGUUAGAAGAGUCAAAACGAAAUUUUAUCGAAUAUUUCAAAGCUUGGUUUCUGGAAGUUGGUAACGUACAAAAGCUUUGUAUUCAAAUGGAAUUGUGUUGGGGAGACUUAAAAUCGUUUGUCUUUAAGAAUAGACAGUUUGGCCCUCAAGUUACCCAAGCUCAAGACCCACAAUUUUAUCAGCAUGUAUUUCAACAGAUUUUAAAUGGCUUAGUUGUUAUCCACUCAAUCGGCUGGGUACAUCGUGAUAUUCAUCCGGGCAAUAUCCUUAUAGUAAAUUCAAACCCACAACGAAUCAGUGAUAUUCAUGUCAAGAUCGGCGAUUUUGGACUGGCAAGGUGUAUUGGAUACAAGGGAAUACAAUUUAAUGUGUCGUGUGGAAAAACACUGCACCCACAACUUGAGCAAUGCACGCCUGCACGUGAAGGGGAUAGUAUAUACUCGGCGCCAGAGCUCUUCACAACAACAUACGAUGAAAAAGUAGACCUUUACAGUGCUGGAGCAGUGUUGUAUUUCAUCAGCCGUUACCCUGAGGAGAAUGAGAAUAAAUGGAUUACGGAGUUGAAGAAUCUAAUACAAGGCAAAGUUGACAUAAAUGAAAGUUUAGUUUACAAAGAUGACAAGAAAUUGUGUAGCCUGAUAAAAGAUUUGCGUCGAAGGAAUCCAAACGAACGUCCGAGUGCCAGCGACGCUAAAAAGUACAUGUUUCCUGAAGCGAAAGAUUCAACUGAUGGUAAAAAGGCACAAAAGAUCAAAUUCUUUGCAAGAAAAGAGAACGAAGAUUUACGUACGUGCUCGUUGGGCGAGUUCACGUUCUCGGCAUUGAAAGCAGAAGUUGAACGUCGAACACGCGUCAAAGCGAGCCAGCUUCGACAGGAGGAUAUGAUUAAUUGUGAAAAGAUGCGUAUCGUAAUAGAUGAUGAUGAAGACGUCGAAAAGAUUUUUGAGAACGCAGCACAAAAAGCACAAGAAGGUCGUUAUGUCGUGGUGGUUGUGACUGAGAAAGCAGAAGAAUAUAACACUGAAACUCGACAAAUUAGUUCUGGAGACAUAAUGAUGCAGUCUCCACCUGAUACAGUUUAGGUUCAAGCAACCUCGUACCCAGGAGACCCUGGGAACGAGGUUGAGUUUCAAGUUCCAAGCAUUCUAAAUUACUGUACAUUGUAAUGGAACUCAACUCACCCAUAAUAACCUUCAUAAUAUCCUUACCACUUAUAUACUUAAUGCAUCUGUGUAUGUAGCAAUUUUUAUUCCAUUAAAAACAUAAACUAGAAUAUCUCCUCGUUGUCGUGUGUGGGGGCAUGCCUAACAGCCAGGAGUCAGUAAAUACAGGAACCGAGUGGUGGAC